AUGGCGACGGAGGGGGACGUGGAGUUGGAGUUGGAGACAGAGACGAGCGGUCCGGAGCGGCCUCCGGAGAAGCCACGGAAGCAUGACAGUGGUGCGGCGGACCUGGAGCGAGUCACCGACUAUGCGGAAGAGAAGGAGAUACAGAGUUCAAAUCUGGAGACGGCUAUGUCCGUGAUUGGAGAUAGACGGUCCCGGGAGCAGAAAGCCAAACAGGAGCGGGAGAAGGAACUGGCAAAAGUCACCAUCAAGAAGGAAGAUCUGGAGCUGAUAAUGACAGAGAUGGAGAUCUCCCGAGCAGCAGCAGAACGGAGCUUGAGGGAACACAUGGGCAACGUGGUGGAAGCUCUUAUUGCCCUAACCAACUGA